UUGAGUUGACUGGUAAUGGCAAUGGCGAUGUGUCUGAUUAAACCAUUCCGGUAACGGUUAUUGAACAGAAAUUAUUACAACCUCGUUAUGAAAGCACUGCCAAUUAUCGUAUUUAGUUAUAGCGCCGUAGUUACCUGUUUCUUUAUUGUUUUUACGUUUUACUAUGAUCUUAAUACGAGCAUCAAGCGGACGAAUCAUGCAUCUGUCCCAUUGGUAUGAUGUUAUCUAAUAGUGUCAGUGGUCAUCAUAAAUCUCAGCAAACUUUUCUAGGCGAAAACGUAUCCAAAUUAUUAUGACGAUGAUCUGCGUGUAGGUUGGCCAUUUCAAAUUACGAAAAAUUAUGAUGAAUCUAACAUCUUUGAAUGGAGUGAACCGAUAAAGCGAGUGAACAGAAACCGAUCGGGAUUCUGUGAAGAAGGCGCUCCAUUUGUUCCGCCUGAAGAUAUGAAGGAGUUGAUGGAAACACUUAUAAAGGAACACAACUUUAAUUUACUAGCGUCGGAUCUGACCUCAUUGCAUCGAUCAUUACCAGAUCCAAGAUUCGAUGAGUGCAAGAAUCUUUUGUAUCCGAAGAAACUGCCGAUGACGAGUGUGAUAAUUAUUUUCCAUAACGAAGCCUGGACAACCCUACUUCGCACUGUUUGGAGCAUAAUUGAUCGGUCGCCAGUCGAGCUAAUCAAAGAAAUUAUUUUGGUCGAUGAUUUGAGCACUUGGUCAUUUUUAAAACGGCCAUUAGAUGAUUACAUCGAAGCUAUACCGGUUCACGUUAAAUUGAUUCGAAAUUCGAAACGCGAAGGUUUAAUGCGUGCCAGAAUUAUUGGAGCGCGGCAUGCAACGGGACAAGUCCUUACAUUUCUGGAUGCUCACAUUGAAUGUUGUGAAGGGUGGUUACAGCCAUUGCUAUCGCGCAUCGCGAGUGACCGUUCUGUUAUAGCAGUACCAAUGGUCGAUGUUAUUAACUCCUACGACAUGAGCUACGCCGCUAGCAAGAUCACUCAAAUCAAUGGAUUUCACUGGUCGCUUACAUUAGAUUGGUAA